GGGGCGCGGCCGAAGGAAGCCGCAGAGCGAGCCGGGGCCGGGGGAGGGCGCUGGGCGCGAGCAUCCCGUGCUGCGGGAGCGGAGGCGGCUUCGAGAAAGACAAAAGCCCGCCGAGAGACGCGAUGCCCGGCGGGCCCGGGCGCGGGGACCGCGGCGUCUGAGCGCGCAGAGUCGUGCGCCCCGGGGACGCCGAGGCCAGGCGGGUGUCCGCGGCGGAGGGCGGCAGGAGGGGCCCAGGUGCGCCCGGCCGCGUCGGGCCCGUAACUACUCGGGGGGCGGCGCCCUCCCGCCGCAGCCGCAGUGGCCAGCGCCGCAGCGAGGAGCCAUGGGCAACAUCUCCUCCAACAUCUCGGCUUUCCAGUCCCUGCACAUCGUCAUGCUGGGCUUGGACUCGGCCGGCAAGACCACUGUGCUCUACCGGCUCAAGUUCAACGAGUUCGUGAACACGGUGCCCACCAUCGGCUUCAACACGGAGAAGAUCAAGCUGAGCAACGGCACGGCCAAGGGCAUCAGCUGCCACUUCUGGGACGUGGGCGGCCAGGAGAAGCUGCGGCCGCUGUGGAAGUCGUACAGCCGCUGCACGGACGGCAUCAUCUACGUGGUGGACUCGGUGGACGUGGACCGGCUGGAGGAAGCCAAGACGGAGCUGCACAAGGUGACCAAGUUCGCCGAGAACCAGGGCACGCCGCUGCUGGUCAUUGCCAACAAGCAGGACCUGCCCAAGUCGCUGCCCGUGGCCGAGAUCGAGAAGCAGCUGGCGCUGCACGAGCUCAUCCCGGCCACCACCUACCACGUCCAGCCGGCGUGCGCCAUCAUUGGCGAGGGCCUCACCGAGGGCAUGGACAAGCUCUAUGAGAUGAUCCUGAAACGCAGGAAGUCCCUCAAACAGAAGAAGAAGCGGUAAUGCGCCCGGCAGCGUUCCCGGAGCGAGGGGGAAAGCAAGCGAGUGAGUCGGGAAUGAAUGAAUGAAAGGCUGGAUGGUUGAGCGAGAACCCGCGCGCCCGCGAACAAAGACAGCGAACCAAAGCGACGCUUCGAAUUUUUAAAGCGGAAUCUGUGCACCCAAAUGCAGGACUAGUGACUUGGCCCGGGUAUGUAGGCAGACUUGCCAACCUGCGCUCGACCUGCCCCCUACCCCCGGCUCGGGGGACCUUUUGUCUGAACGCCAGAGCUUCUGCUGGGGAGGGGGCCUCCUCUGGGGAGUAGACGUGCAGGUUUGGCCAUCCGCCCUCCGGGCCCAGGUGGAAGGCUCAGAUGGCAGAGACAAAAAGCGAUUUCUUCCCACUCCAGCAGGGCCAGAAGUUCGGGCUACCCCGCCCUCACUGGGGAUCGCACCUGUGAGUUACCAGAGGUAUGCGUUCCCAUAACCCCGGGAAUCCCAUUUGGGGGUCUGGUGGCAGUGGGAGGUGCUGGGGGGACCGCCUGUCCUUGCAGUCAUGGGCUGUGAAAGCUGGAGAAUUUUCUGUCACAGGGGCAGGCCCCUGUGAAAAUCCAUUUGUCCUGCUCUGGACCCCCAGUGAAGUGGUGGCUUGGGCCAUCAGAGGACUGCCUGGAACAGGAGGGCAGCCGGAAGGCCCCCAGCGCUGCGCUGGCCUCGGCUGGGGAAUGGCCUCGAAGAAUGCCCCUUUCCUGGUGCUUUGUGGUAGCUACGGAAGACCAGUUUUGUUGAGAACUGCUUUUCAGCCUGGAAUCAGACAUCUUUCAGAUGCUUUGGAUCCUGUCCAUGUUGUGUAGGCCAUUAUCACACAAAGAGACCAAUAAAAAUUUUAAAAACCAAAAAAAAAAAAAAA